AUGAUAUUCACCAUAAUGAAAGAACCAAAAAGAUUAACAAUGCCUCUGAUACUAUUCUGCUUAAUGACUGUAGUUUCCAGUUUAGCCUUAAAACAAUGCCAAUCAAAUAGUGAUUGUUUAGGAAAUGAGUACUGCUACCGAAAUGAAUUUUGUACCCCAUGCUUGGACUGUUCCCAAUAUGGACAAAGUAAUCCACCAGGAUGUGCCAAAGAUCCAAAAGAUUGUGGAGAGUGCUUACCGGGAUUCCAAAACGACCCUCAGAAUCAAUUUAAUACUGGGAGAAAAAGAUGCGUGGAAAAUGAUUUAGGCCACGACACAUCAACCGACUCUAACAAAGAUACUCCAAAACAAGAUAUUUCGAAUCACACACUUUUGAUAAUCAUUUUCUCUGUAGUUGGUGUUAUUUUGGUUUUUGCAAUUAUUGGUUGUUUCGUCGUAAAGUAUCGUGUUGCGAGGAAGAUAAACGAAAUUACUGCAAUUCCUGAGAAGACAAACGGAAUGAAUGAUCCAAGUGCUCCGAUGAUGGCGCCUGAGCAUGCAAUUAACCAUGCUUAUUCUCAAAGUGGAUCAUACUUUGAUGAUUCAUCUGCACGUGAUUCACCUCCUGCAUAUACACCAGGAAUGUUGCUGCUGAGGGUCCACGAAUUUCUGAUAAUUUCCAAGAAGCUGUCCCUUAUAGACCUCCGAAUUAUAUUACUGGAAUAUAAACAAGCACGUAGACAACUAAAUAAAGCUAUCAAAGAUAGUAAAGUUAGGUGCUGGAAAGAACUUUUGGAUGAAGUCGAGGAAAAUCCAUGGGGAAGACCUUAUAAGACUGUAAUGUCUCGCCUCAAAAGCCAGCCAAUACCUUCACCAACUUGCCCACGACUAUUGAAUAAAAUAGUAACUACUUUGUUUCCACGACAACCUAAUUUGAACUACCAGGUAACACAUGUAGAACAGAAUAAUAUUCCACUUAUAACACUGCAAGAACUGAUGGAAGCUUGUCAUCGCGUUGCAUUUGCCCAGGAUGCUGAUGGUGGUUCCGUAUGUGCUGGUGACAUACCAGAUGUCGAAGAACUUUCUGUUAGGCCUAAUUUAGCGGGAAAAUGGAUUUCUUCAGAGUGCGAAACCAGGCCUGGUGCCAAAUUUGUUCUACGCUCUUACGAGUUCCAACAAAACUUCUCGUUCACUCUAGACCUGCACCACUAUCGAGAUGAAUGGUGCAGCACGCCCAUGUUUUCGGCCAGGGCAAUGGGUGCCAUCACCGACGAUUCUUUUAUCAUCUUCGAAGUCAAAAUCAUUCCUCAUAAUGCUUUAGUUGCUAGGGAAGUCCAGGAAAAGGUCAACAAGGCUUGUCCAGGAUUUUCGUCACGACACUGGCGAGCUAACCGUGAAUAUAUUCUGCAAGGAGGCAAGCAUCGUUCUCAGAACACAAAUUACCAUACGUCAAAGAGGUCGAGGUCCAACUACUUCGAUUGUGCUCAUGCAUUGAAUUUACAAUUUGGCGAAUUAUCAAAAAUUCGCAUACAAAAAAUCGAGAACAAGUUAGAACUUCUAUUAGCUGAUAUCCCACAAAGUGGUUCUACCACCAAACCCAAAGGUUACCAACUGCCUUUAGUGAAGAUCUACGAUGGUAAGGUAUCUACCAGUGAAGUCAUUAAAAGUUCAUCACUGACUGCUGAUAAUAUUUUGUUGGAUCUUUUUGAACCGGCACUAAUAACACCGGAUCCUGCUGGUUAUGGACAAGACGCUUUUGUGCAUAUCAUGAGGUCUAAGAAAAGAAAUACUUCAGUGUAUCCAAGUAUGGAUAAUAAAAAGUUGUUUAAAAACUGCGCGAUUUGUGAAAUUAUCAGCCGUUCUUCAAUUGCUUCGCCACCUUAUUUACCGACCAGGCCAAAGUUGCCAGUGUAUUUGACUGGACACUGGACAUCCAGGCGUUGUGAAAGCCAUCCAAACGGUGGAUACACUAUUAGGCAAUUUGAAUUCAGAGAACAAAAUCGUAAGUUUCAUGCAAAAUUACGUUACUUUGAAGAUCACAGAUGCGAAAAUGCUUUAUACACCCUGCAAUUGCGUGGAGAAUAUUAUUUAGGCAUGUACAAUUCUUUAUUAAGAGGAAGUACUGACGUAGACUUUUAUACUCAUAAAACUAUCAUCACUAUACAUGACGAAGGUUUAUUAGAAGGCGUCAACAAUCAACUUCGAGGUAUUCUAGAUAGACGACCAAAAAUUCAAGAAUUUCGUCAACAAUUUUACGCAUUCCAGUCGAUUUUUGCUCGCAAUGUCAAGUAUUGCGAUGAAGAAUUGUAUGAAUUGAACGUGCCCAUAGUUCACGCACGAACGAAUUGCAAAAUCUACGGAUUAGAAAAUUCAUUUUUUGCCAAAAAUGUGCUGAAAUUAGAAGUGGAUAUGUAUGGAACCACGCUUUUGUCCAUGGGCAAGUUGGGGGUUACUUUUGCAAACGAUAUCAUACACGAAGUGGAACAAUUUAGGCAUCCAAGUUUUAGCAGUUAUAGUAAUGUGAUUGAUAGGGCUUCUUCUUAUGGAAUGCCUUUAGAACAUUGUGAAAAUGUUGAAGCUAACUUGGAGCAACAAUUUCUUGGCAUCAGCUCAGGAAGCAACCUGAGGCUGAAUGCUGUUUUAAUUCUACUUUGUGCUGUGAUAUUUUUAAAUUAA